UCUCUCUAACAGCUACCAACUGAGCGGGUAUCCCGUUAAUGUCAUAUAAAUGGUUUCUUUUUCAUUCCCUGAGGAAGACUCCACCUCUCUUAAACAAUUUCCCCUUCUUCUCUCCCUGCUAUUCAAAAUGUGCCAGUGACACAUUACUCAUGUCUUUCUCUUUCUCUCUCUAACCAUUCUUUCCUCUCUAACCAUUUUUAUCAGCAACAAUGAUUUGCCAUCAUCAUCACCAUCAUGAUACAUUCUCGUUCUCAAGCAACUUAAUACCUAAGCGACUACAACCCCACAACCAAGAACUGCAACCUUCUCUCUCACAUCAAAUUUUAGCAUCACAGACCCUAGAUUCGUUCCUUGGGUUUCAUGGAAGUGAGGGUGUUGAGGAGGAGCACAAUGCUGCUUGUUUUGGGCCUGGUUCUGGUUUUGAGGGGGAGUAUUGGGUUUGCGCAGACUGAUAAUUGCAAUGGAGAUCUUGGGGCCCUUUCUCUCCCCUUCAAUGCUUCUGGUUUGGUGUGUAGCGCAGUGUGGAAUACCUUCUUGCUAAGGUAUUCUCAGAGUCAAGACAAUGUCUUGAGCAUUGUACUCUCUGCAGAAUAUACCAAUGGUUGGGUUAGUAUAGGAUUUUCAAAAGAUGGACGGAUGGUUGGUUCUAGUGCAAUGGUGGGCUGGAUUCGGAAAGGAGGCAAAGCAGCCAUUAAACAAUAUUAUCUUGGAGGUCAAGACCCAUCCGAAGUCGUAGUGAACCAAGGCGAGCUGACACUCUCAGAUAUUACCCCUUCUGUGCUUCUUCGAGGAGCAACCAUCUACUUAGCAUUUCAAUUGAAACUCACAUCUCCUAUUAAGAAACGGGCACUCAUAUUUGCUUUAGGAAGCAGGAACCCAGUUCAUGAGAAGUUAACAAUGCAUGAAGACGAAACUACUGUGGCGUUCGACUUCUCCAUGGGUACCUCGUCGGUAUCAUCUUCGUACCCGAGCCAAUUGAAAAGGAAUCAUGGGUUACUGGGUAUAUUUGGAUGGGGAAUGAUCUUGCCCAUAGGGGCCAUCAUUGCGAGAUAUUGUAAGCAGUGGGACCCGCUUUGGUUUUAUCUCCAUUCUAUACUUCAACUGGUGGGAUUUGUUCUUGCUUUAGCAGGUUUGGUGGCUGGUGUUGCUCUAUAUAAUCAGUUGAAUGCUAAUGUCGUAGUGCACAGAGGCUUGGGGAUAUUUGUCUUUGUUCUGGGUAUUCUUCAGGUGAUGGCCUUCUUUAUCAGGCCACAAAAAGAGGCAAAGGUUCGCAAGUAUUGGAACUGGUAUCACCACUGGUCUGGAAGGUUCGCCCUCUUUUUUGGGGCUGUGAAUAUUCUUCUUGGUAUCCAAGUUGGGGGGGGUGAAAAGAGCUGGAAAGUUGGUUAUGGAAUCAAUAGUGCCUUCAUAUUAAUUACAGUCAUUAUUUUGGAGCUGAUGAAGUGUCUCAAAGGGUCCACGAAACCAGAUCCUAGUCCUGCCUUCCAAAUGCACUCAACUCAUGGUUAACCAUGGAUGCGAAUUUCAGUUAUUGUGAGGAUAAAAGGAUACAGUGAGCUACUUAUUUGAUUCAAGUUUUUGUUGGAACUGGAUGUAGAUGGCGAGUUACUGAUUUUGGCUUUUGAGGCUGUGGAAACUGCAUUAUUUUCCGGAGAUGACUAAAAUGCCCCGGCUGUGACUGAGAGGGCCCAUGCCUUGAUAUUGUGGAAUGGUGGAUAAAUCCUUAAGAAUGUGGUGGCCAUCCGAGAAUGUAAUUUAUUUGGAUUCAUAAAGGAAUGUGGGAGAUGAUUUCGAAGGCCAUUCACUGGUGUUCAUAGUUGAGAGUCCUUUUUAUUCAUUGUCGAAGUUUUGCUUUGUGAAGUUAUCUAGUUUCAUUGCCACCCUAUCCACACUCAAAGAGAGACAUUUAUAGAAGUGUGUUCAGUUGUUCACACAA